GCUACCAACUGGCAUUCAGUCUCAGUCGCGAGUGCGAGUGAUGACAAUGUGUCUUGAUAAUUAUCAUUACUCAUUCAUCAUUACUCAAUUGUCACACUAAAAUGUCUUACUGUUCAUAGAUAAAAUCAUUUGAAAAAAACCCGCAAUCAAAAAUUUCAAAAGAAGUGAUUACUGGUAUUCAAAAAUAUGAAAUGUUUGAAGUAAAGCUCAAACAUUUGAUUAAUUCAUAAAAUAAAAAUUCCAGCUAAGCGGGACUGAAAACGAAUUUACAUAGAUAUUCAUAUUUAUAGUAAAGAAAAAAAAAUUUGUAACUCACAUCAAGAGGAUGAAGAUCUUGGUAUUAUUUACAUUCAUCACUUCAAGUUAUCUCACGAAUGCCAAGUUUUACGUUAAUGUCACUGGUGAUAUAACACUCGGAGCGCUUUUUCCCGUUCACAAGAAAGGCACCAAUGGCGAGAGCUGCGGGAAAAUUCAGUUUGAAGAUGGUAUUCAACCUCUAGAGGCGAUGCUUUUUACUGUACAGCAAAUAAAUCAAAAUCCUGGAAUACUACCGGGAAUAAAACUCGGUGUUCUUGCUUUUGAUUCUUGCGACAAUCCAAAUUAUGCACUACAACAAGCAUUGAAUUUUGUUAAAGGUUUUAUAGCUCAUGUGAACGAAUAUCACGACCAAGAAUUCCAGUGCUCAGACGGCAGCGUUCCAAAAUUUCUUGGCGGUGGGUUUGAUAAAGUCGCCUCAGUUAUUGCCGCCCAGUCGAGCUCCGUAACGCUGCAGGUUGCCUCAAUGCUCCGAUUAUUUGGUGUACCUCAAAUAUCCUAUAUGGCGACUUCACCAUCGUUGAGUAGCAAAGAAAAAUAUCCGCAUUUUUUUCGUACCGUACCAAGUGACGUAAAUCAAGCCCACGCUAUGCUGGAAAUUCUAAAGCGAUUUGAGUGGACUUAUGUGUCAGUGGUUUACUCAGACACCGAGUACGGUAAUCACGGAUACGAGACCUUAGUUUCGUUGGCCAACAACUAUUCAAUCUGCUUUAGUGCACCUCAGAGAAUAGACAAGGAACAUUUCGUAGCAGAAGACUACGAUAACGUCAUUCGUACAAUCACUAACAAAACUCAAGUUCGUGUGGUAGUACUUUUUGCGGAAAAGACAACUACUCUUCGAGUACUCGAAGCUGCAAGCAGACUCGGAGUUGGUACGAGAUUUGUGUGGAUUGGAAGCGACACUUGGUCGAGUACAAAUCACCGCGAGUUUCUCAAUUCAGGAAAUUACAAUAGGGAUCAAGAGAUGAUGGUUGUUUUGGAGGGUGCGCUCGCUGUGCAGCCACUGUCGAGACACUUGAACGGUUUCGAUGAUUACUUUACUAAUCUAACUCUCAGUCACGCGGAAAUCAACCCGUGGUUUCAGGAACUUUGGCAAGAGUACCACGAGUGUGAUAAAGAUUCUUUGGAAGAAAUAUGUGAUGACCCAACGAUGAAAAUGAAAUACCGCACGGGCUAUAAGCAACAAAAAUUCAUCCAUUUUGUUCGCGACGCAGUUUAUGCAGUGGCUCAUGCAUUACAUAAUCUACAGGUGGAUAUAUGUGGGAAGAAUUUCGUUGGUAUUUGUAAUAGCAUGAGACACAUCGACGGAGAAACACUCUCAAAGUACUUGAACACGGUCACGUUCAAAGACGAAGCCGGUUAUCCAUUUAGUUUCGUUAACGAAGUUGACGGUCCACUUCGCUAUUCAAUUUUGAAUUUCCAACGUGACAGUGACGGAACUUAUCGUUGGCACGUCGUAGGAAAUUAUACCCAGAUAAAUGACGAGAAGCCGGUGCUGUACCUGAAUCAAAAAAAGGUGAAAUACCGCAGCGAAGAUAAGUCAGGGCGUAAAUUUUUCCCAAACUCGGCGUGUUCGUCUCCCUGUCUUCCAAAUCAAGUGAAAGUGAGGGAAAAACAAGACGCUUGUUGCUGGCAGUGUCAAGAUUGCGGAUCCUAUCAGUACAGAGUCGAUGAGCAUCGGUGUCAAGACUGUGGUCGCGGUCAAAAACCAACCAUCGAUAGUAGACACUGUGUUCCAGUUAAGGAAGAAUUUAUUGAUUACUCGAGUCCUUGGGCCGUGGGUGCGAUGGCUGUCGCCAGUUGCGGAAUACUGGCAACGAUAUUUGUGCUAUCGGUAUUUUGGAUUUACAGUGACACGCCGGUUAUAAAAGCAUCUGGACGUGAGUUGUCGUCUUUGUUGCUUGUGGGAACGCUUGUGUCGUUUCUAAUGACAUUUGCGAUUGUUGCUGAACCGAAUGCCAAGACGUGUAUGAUCACACGGUUCGGUGUCGGAUUUUGCUACACGCUCUGCUAUGCUGCGCUAGUCACCAAGACCAAUAGAAUCCACAGGAUAUUCAAUAAAAAAUGUUACAGUCCUCACAAACCAAAAUAUACUAGCCCGCAAUCACAAAUAAUAAUAACCGGACUCCUUACUUCUGUUGAAAUAAUAAUAAAUGCUGUAUCCUUGUACCGAGUACCAGCUUCUCUUGUGCAUUUAUACCCCACACGUGAUAGGAAACUACGAAUCUGCCGUGGUCUUGACAAUGAAUCAUAUUUAAUUGGCUUGAUUUAUCCCUUUGUCUUAAUAGUGAUAUGCACGAUCUAUGCAGUAAAAACAAGAAAAUGUCCAGAUGGAUUUAAUGAAACACGACAUAUUGCAUUCACAAACUACACGACGUUAAUACUGUGGCUGGCAUUCGUCCCGCUUUAUCUAGCGUUCACAAGUAACGCAAUCAGAGUUGUUACACUUGCGAUGUCGCUGUCGCUGAGCGGGUUUGUGCAGCUCGGGUGUUUGUUUUUUCCGAAAAUCUAUAUUGUGCUGAUGAAACCGGAAAAAAACACAAAGGAACUUGUUAUGGCCCAUCACAGAAGUUCAUCUUAUUUACCAUCGCCCGCAGCGACGCCGAUUGUUGUACUCAAUGGAAAUACUUUGAGAAACAUGCAAAGUAGCGAAUCAUCAUUAAGAUCUUCGCGCCUUUGCAGCACGACUUCAGCUUCAGGUUUUGUCAAACCAUUAUUCGACACCGAUACCUCCAAUGAAGCGAUAAAUGAAACAAUUGAUUCAGAAUUAAAAAUAACGUAAGGAUUUUUUAUUGAAUUAUAAAAAAAAAUAACUUGGGACACAAACUUAUAGAUAAAGCUUCAUAAUUAAUUAAAUAAGUAAUAAUUCGGGAAGUCUACUGUUUCCGUGGCGCCACCAAAUGAUCGCAAAGUCUUGUAGAACUCGACGAAAUAUUAGUAUAUUUUACACCUAGGGCAGUAAAAUAAGAAAUGUCUCAUAUCUCACGUAAUUUUUGGCUGACGCGAAGCCAAGGUCAAUAAACAUGUCGCGUGCCAAAUGCCAAAAAAGCGUAUAAAAGUUAUACGCCCUUUUGGCUUUGAAGAACCAAAAGGGCGUAUAAUUUUUUUUUUUUGGUGCCAAUCGUUUUGUAAACAUGUUCUAAGCCUCAAAAUAAAAAAAAAAAUUUCAAAGCCAAAAGGGCGUAUAUCUUUAGAUACAAAGAUACAAAGAUCUAAAGAUAUACGCCCUUUUGGCGAUAGUACGUCAAAAAUUUUUUUUCUGUAGAUCUUUACGUUUCGAGCGAUUCUAAAAAGAAUGGCAAAAAAAAUUUUUUAUACGCCCUUUUGGCAUGGAACCCUAUCUAACUGCUGUAAUACACCCUUUUGGCAUUUGGCACGCGAUGUGAUCUGAGGCUUUCUUAUUUACUGCCCAAGGUGUCAAUACUAUUUUUCUCCUCGACGGUGGCGGAAAGCGGCAACUUCGUUUCGCACAGCGGGACAAAAGUUGACGCUUUUCACCCGGAGGGGAAAAAUAUACUUUUUUUCAAAUAGCUAUAACUUCUUCAAAAAUGGACUAAUUCAGACGUUUUUUUUUUUCAAAAUUUUCGUCUUCAAAUGUAACUUUCGGAAAAAAAUACCAAAAGUUGAAGAUAUUAAAAUCUAUGAAAUAUUUCUUUUUUGAAAAAAUCGCAUUUUUCACGAAAUCAAUUUUUCUCAAAAACUAAGCGAGAUAUCGAAAAAUUUUAUUCUUUAAAAAAGUCAUUUCGUCGAGUUCUAAAAAAAUUCACGAUCAUUUAUCAGCGCCACGGAAACCGUAGAAUCUCCAAUAAUUCUUCCACUGUAAAAAUAUACGCGUACAUUUUAUAAAAACGAAAAAAAAUAAAUAGUCGAACGAACCCAAUAAAAUUUUACUGACUUAUAAACAACAAUAAAUUUUAAAUGAACUUAUAAUAGAAUUUUUAAUGAAUAUUUAAUCGAUACAUAUCGCUAAUUUAAGUAUAAUUAAUUAAUUGAUUGAUUAAUUAAUUAAUUAAUGGGUAUUCCAUUAAUACAUAUCGAGUACUUAGAACCAAAUUAAAUAUAUAAAUAUGCAGGCUGUGUUAUUUAAAUACACAAGUACUCAAAACUGCUUUUAAAUUCCCAUUUAAUUAUUUAUAAUUUUAAUUAAUUAAUUAAUUAAUUUUUCUAUUUAUAUUAAUAAUUAAAAACAUAUUUAAAGUAGAUGUACAUAUCACUGAUUUAUUGAAAAAAUAAUCGAUUAAAGUACAGCAAUUAAAUCAAUACAUAUUAAAUGUAAAAAAUAAUGCCAAGUGUUUAAAAAAAAAUUUCGAAUGAUUGCCAUAUGUCCAAGCCACAAAAAUUAAUUAUUACUAUUUAAUAAAAUAAAAUAAUUAAUUAUUAAUUACU